AUGGAGAACGCCUCCUCUCACAGACUCUUCAUCCUGGAUGGCCUCAGUGAGCUGGGAGGUCUGAGGCCCGUCCUCUUCCUCCCGUUCUUCAUCAUGUUGGUCCUGUCCCUGUUGGCCAACUCUCUGCUGCUGUACGUCAUCAUAUCACAGAGGAGCCUCCACUCCCCCAUGUUCAUCCUCAUCGCUGGCAUGGCGUGCGUGGACCUGAGCCUCCCUCUGUUCUUCGUCCCCAACAUGCUGCUGAGCUUCCUGUUUGACUGGAGGGGGAUCUCUCUGAUUGGCUGCCUGCUUCAGAUGUUCUCCAUUCACUUGUUAGGAGCCUUCCAGUCCACGCUGCUGGUCUGGAUGGCCGUGGACAGAUACUUUGCCAUCUGCAGUCCGCUCAGCUACCACCAACGCAUGGCUUUACCAGGAUUCCUCAAGUACAUAAUCCCCCUGGUGAUCAGGAACCUGUUCAUGGUCUCACUUGUGGUCUCUCUGGCAGGUUUGUUACCAUUCUGCCUGGGGAACAGGAUAGACCACUGUUUCUGUGAGCACAUGGCGUUGGUGGAUCUGGCCUGUGGGAGCACGUCUGUGAACAGUCUGAUCGGGUUGGUCUCUGUGUUCCUGAUCCCUGUAGCAGACUUCAUCAUCAUCACGGUCUCUUACAUCAUCAUAUUCAGCUCGGUGCUGGGUUCAGGAAAGUCCGGGGUCAGAGCCCUUCACACCUGUGUGACCCACAUCGUGGUCAUGACCGUCAGUCUGUCCAUCAUACUCGUAGCUUUCCUGUCGUACCGGAUCAGGAACGGUCUCCCUGCAGGGGUCCGGGUCUUCUUCAGCACCAUGUACCUGUUCUUCCCGAGCUGUUUCAACCCCAUCAUCUACGGGGUCAGGACCACUGAGAUCAGACAGCACAUCCUGAGGACCCUGACAUGGACUCACUUUGUCCAGAUUGUUCCCCACUGA